UAGUCAUAAAUCUGGAAUUUUACUUUUUUAUUUAUUAGCUUCGAUCUUCAACCUCGACGACUCUCCUAAGAGUCGGUAGCAUCAUCGUCAUCAGAAACCGCCUUUCGCAACCUCGUCUUCUUUAUAAUCCAUCCCAUGAGUCUACUCUUACUAGCAUGAUCUUUCUGCAAACAAACAAUCUAAACAAUCUAAUCGAAGAUGGAUUCGCUUCUCCUCGAAGAUUUUGGCCAGAAGGUGGAUUUGACGCGACGGAUUCGGGAGGUUUUGUUGAACUACCCGGAAGGAACCACCGUGCUCAAGGAGCUCAUACAGAACGCCGACGACGCCGGAGCCACACGUGUCCGUCUCUGCCUCGAUCGCAGGGCUCACGGGACGGGCUCUCUGUUGUCUGACUCUCUGGCUCAGUGGCAGGGUCCUUCUCUCUUGGCUUACAAUGACGCUGUGUUCACUGAGGAGGAUUUCGUUAGUAUCUCGAGGAUUGGUGGGAGUGGGAAGCAUGGUCAGGCUUGGAAGACUGGUCGUUUUGGGGUUGGGUUCAACUCGGUGUACCAUUUGACUGAUAUACCUUCCUUUGUGAGUGGCAAGUACGUGGUGUUGUUUGAUCCUCAAGGUGCUUACCUUCCUAACGUCUCUGCAGCUAACCCAGGGAAGAGAAUUGAUUUCGUUGGUUCGUCGGCUCUGUCUCACUACGAGGAUCAGUUUCUUCCUUACUGCGUCUUUGGAUGUGACAUGAAAAGGAGUUUUAGUGGCACUUUGUUUCGUUUCCCUUUGAGGAGUCCCGAGCAGGCUGCUUCUAGUAGGCUUUCGAGGCAGGCGUAUUUUGAAGAUGACGUUUCUUUGAUGUUUGAUCAGCUCUUCGAGGAAGGGGUUUUCUCGUUGCUUUUUCUUAAGUGUGUUUUGUCUAUUGAGAUGUACACGUGGGAGGCUGGAGAUCCGGAGCCUAAAAAGCUUUAUUCGGUUUCGGUCAGCUCUCCGAAGGAUGAUACUGUGCUGCAUCGGCAGGCGGUUCUUAGACUGUCGAAGACGUCGAUUUCUGGAGAUAGGGAGAUGGAUGCGUUUACUCUCGAGUUCGUGAGUGAGUCUGAGAAGGGGGGACAAAGUAAACGGAGAACAGACAAGUUUUACAUAGUUCAGACAAUGGCAUCAGCGUCUAGCAGAAUUGGCUCUUUUGCUGCUACUGCAUCCAAAGAAUAUGAUAUUCACUUGCUACCAUGGGCUUCAGUUGCAGCUUGCGUAUCAGAUGAUUCAGCAGAGAAUAAUUUCUUAAAGCUUGGGCAUGCUUUUUGCUUUCUUCCAUUGCCUGUACGAACUGGAUUGACGGUACAAGUCAACGGAUACUUUGAGGUGUCAUCAAAUCGCCGCGGAAUUUGGUAUGGAGAAGACAUGGACAGGAGUGGUAAAGUUCGUUCAGCCUGGAAUAGGCUUCUCCUGGAAGAUGUGGUAGCACCCUCUUUUGCACGAUUGCUUCUUUGUUUGAGAGAAGUGCUUGAUCCCAGGGAUUCGUACUUCUCCUUAUGGCCAAGUGGAUCUUUUGAAGCACCAUGGAACAUUUUAGUUGAGCAAAUUUACAAAAAUGUGUGCAAUGCUCCUGUGCUGUUUUCGGAUCUUGAUGGGGGGAAAUGGGUGUCCCCUGCCGAUGCUUACCUUCAUGAUGAGGAAUUCUCAAGGAGUAAAGAACUUGGUGAUGCCUUGCUGCAGCUUGAGAUGCCUAUCGUUUGCCUCCCAAGAUCAGUUUUUGAUAUGCUUUUGAAGCACCCUUCCUUUUUCAUUCCAAAAGUGGUUACUCCAGAUAGGGUGCGCAACUUUCUCAAAGGAUGCAAAACGCUCUCAACUUUGAAGAAAUCGUUGAAGCUAGUAUUAUUAGAGUAUUGCCUGGAUGAUCUGACUGAUGAUGAUGUUUGCACACAAGCCAGCAACCUGAAAUUGCUUCCGUUAGCAAAUGGUGACUUUGGUUUCUUUUCUGGAAGUGCAGAAGCUGUCGCCUAUUUUAUUUGUGACGAAUUGGAUCAUAUGCUUUUACAGAAAGCAUACGACAGAGUAAUUGAUAGGAAUAUACCUCCAGGUUUAUAUAGCAGACUUUUUGCCAUUGCAGAGUCACAAACAGCAAAUCUUGCAAUUUUCAGUAUCCAAAAUUUGCUUCAGUUAUUUCCGAGGCUUGUACCUGCUGAAUGGAAAUACAGAACCAAGAUUUCCUGGCAUCCAGACUCUAACCCAGACCAUCCUUCGUCUUCGUGGUUUGUUCUCUUCUGGCAGUAUCUCGAGAAACAGUGUGAGAGCCUUUUAUUAUUUCGUGAUUGGCCAAUCUUGCCAUCCACAUCUGGCUAUUUGUAUAUACUCUCUGCACAGUCAAAAUUGAUCAAUGCGGAGAAGCUUCCCGAUGCUGUCAGAAAUGUCUUGGAGAAGAUUGGUAGCAAAAUAUUAAACAACAAUUUCAAAGUUAAACAUUCAGACUUGUCCUCCUUCGUUUCAGAUGCUACUUACACAGGCGUCUUAGAAUCCGUUUUUGAUGCUGCCUCUUCAGAUAUGGAAGGGGUACAAAAUUUAAUUUAUAAUUUGAAUGUUGAAGAGAAGGAUGAACUUCGUAGUUUUCUUUUGGAUCCAAAAUGGCACAUGGGGAAUCAGGUUGGCGAUCUAUAUCUCAGAAACUGCAAGAUUUUACCCAUUUAUCGUGUAUAUGGAGAAACAUGUACUCAAGAAUCCGAUUAUUCUGAUCUUGUUAAUCCUCCUAAGUACUUACCUCCAUCAGAUGUGCCUGCCUGUCUUCUAGGAUGUGAGUUUAUUCUAAGCAGCAAAAGUAGGGAAGAAGAUGUUUUGUCCAGGUACUAUGGCAUUGAGAGAAUGAGGAAGAGUAAUUUCUACAGACAGCAUGUUUUCAGCAGAAUUGAAAUUCUGCAACCUGAGAUUCGUGAUCAGGUGAUGAUUUCUAUUUUGCAGAAUCUUCCACAACUAUGUAUGGAAGAUAGAUCCUUAAGGGAAGAAUUGCAGAAUCUAGAAUUUGUUCCAACUGUAACUGGUCCUCUUAAACGCCCAUCUGUUUUAUACGAUCCUCGUAAUGAAGAGUUAUAUGCUUUGUUGGAAGAUUCAGAUUGUUUCCCUGGCAGUGGAUUCCAGAAAUCUGCGAUUCUGGACAUGCUUCAAGGUUUGGGCCUUAGAACAACUGUUUCUCCUGAGACGAUUUUAGAGAGUGCACGAUUGGUGGAGCGACUGAUGAGCAUGGAUCUGGAAAAGGCCCAUUCACGAGGUAAAGUGCUUUUCUCAUUUCUAGAGGUCAAUGCUAUGAAGUGGCUGCCUAAUCAGUCGAGUGAAGAUGAUGGGGCUAUUAACAGAAUAUUCUCAAGAGCUGCGACGGCUUUCAGACCACGAAAUCUGACAUGUAACCUUGUUAAGUUCUGGAGCGAACUUAAAAUGAUUUGCUGGUGCCCUGUUUUAGCUUCUGCUCCAUUUCAAACUUUACCAUGGCCAGUUGUCACAUCUACUGUUGCGCCUCCGAAGCUUGUACGUCCGAAGACAGAUAUGUGGCUUGUGUCUGCAUCCAUGCGGAUACUGGAUGGUGAAUGUUCUUCUACACCUCUUGCAUAUAACUUGGGGUGGUUAUCACAUCCAGGAGGAAGUGCAAUUGCGGCUCAAUUGCUUGAACUUGGAAAGAACAAUGAAAUUCUGAUUGAUCAGGUUCUUCGGCAGGAACUAGCUUUGGCGAUGCCGAAGAUAUAUUCAAUUCUUGCAGGAUUACUUGGUUCAGAUGAGAUGGACAUUGUUAAGGCUGUACUUGAAGGUAGUCGCUGGAUCUGGGUGGGGGAUGGAUUUGCUACUUUGAGUGAGGUUGUUCUUGAUGGCCCUCUUCAUCUUGUUCCCUACAUUCGUGUUAUCCCUACCGACUUGGCUGUUUUUAGGAAGCUGUUCGUGGAGCUUGGGGUUCGAGAAUUUUUAACUCCAUCUGAUUAUGCUGAUGUUUUAUGUAGAAUAGCUGAAAGGAAAGGUAAUUCACCUCUUGAUCCACAAGAAAUCAGGGCAGCUGUGCUAAUUGCGCAGCAGUUGGCUGAAGCGCAAUUUCUUGACAAAGUCACAAUCUAUUUACCUGAUGUUGCUGGUCGUCUGUUUCCUUCAAGUGACUUGGUCUACAAUGACGCUCCAUGGUUGACUGCAUCAGACAAUCAUAGUAGCUCAUUUAGUGCAGAGUCUACAAUGCUAUUGAAUGCGAAAAGAACAAUGCAAAAGUUUAUUCACGGCAAUCUUUCGAAUGAGGUAGCAGAGAAACUUGGUGCUCGCUCUCUCCGUAGAGUCUUGCUAGCGGAAAGUGCUGAUUCAAUGAAUUUUAGUUUAUCUGGGGCUGCUGAGGCUUUUGGACAGCAUGAGGCAUUGACCACCAGACUUAAACACAUACUAGAAAUGUAUGCUGAUGGGCCUGGGAUUCUUUUUGAGCUGGUUCAGAACGCGGAAGAUGCAGGAGCUUCUGAGGUGACAUUCCUUUUGGAUAGGACUCAUUAUGGGACUUCUUCACUCCUCUCUCCUGAAAUGGCAGAUUGGCAAGGCCCUGCUCUGUAUUGUUUCAACAACUCGGUUUUUACCCAACAAGAUAUGUAUGCAAUCUCACGCAUUGGUCAAGCAAGCAAACUUGAAAAGCCUCUUGCGAUUGGAAGAUUUGGGCUGGGAUUUAACUGUGUUUAUCAUUUCACAGAUAUCCCGGGUUUCGUUUCUGGAGAAAACAUUGUUAUGUUUGAUCCCCAUGCCAAUCAUUUGCCUGGCAUCUCUCCAACUCACCCAGGCUUGCGGAUUAAAUUUGCUGGAAGAAAUAUAUUGGACCAGUUUCCUGAUCAGUUUGCACCAUUCUUACAUUUUGGUUGCGACUUAGAGCAUACAUUUCCUGGAACACUCUUUCGGUUUCCUCUCAGAAACGCAAAUGUUGCUCCUAGAAGUCAUAUAAAGAAAGAAACAUAUACUCCUGAAGAUGUGUUAUCCCUCUUCACUUCCUUUUCUGGUGUUGUUUCGGAGGCCUUAAUUUUCCUGAGGAAUGUAAAAUCAGUAUCCAUUUUUGUUAAGGAAGGAGCUGGUCAUGAAAUGCAGUUACUGCAUCGUGUUUGCAAAGAUUACAGUGUUGGGAAAGAUACGGAACCAAAGCCAUCAAAUCAAGUGUUUAGUCUUCUUGAUGAAAAUCUUUCUGCUGGAAUGAACAAAGAUCAGUUACUAAAAAAACUAAGCAGCACUGUAGUUAAAGAUCUUCCCUAUAAAUGUCAGAAGGUUGUGGUGACUGAGCAAGAUUCGUCGGGCUGUACUUCACAUGGAUGGAUAACAGGUGAAUAUCUGAAUGCCGGGGUAAGUAAAAAGCACUUAAAUCUUCCAGAAAUGUCCCAUAAGUUAAUACCGUGGGCUAGUGUUGCCGUCCUUAUAAAUUCUGUCAAGACUGAUGAAACAGAGAACGCGGCUGCUAGCAAUUCUGAUAUAUUUGGGCCAUCCACAAUCUCAGCUCAGAAUAGAAGAAAUUUUGGGGGGCGUGCUUUUUGCUUUCUGCCUCUACCUAUAACUACUGGCCUCCCUGCGCAUAUUAAUGCAUAUUUUGAGUUGUCAUCCAACAGGAGGGAUCUUUGGUUUGGUAAUGACAUGGCAGGGGGUGGAAAAGUACGGUCGGAUUGGAAUCUUUACUUGAUCGAGGAAGUUGUUGUACCAGCCUAUGGUCAUUUGCUUGAAAAAAUUGCAUCUGAACUUGGUCCAUGUAAUUUGUUCUUCUCUGUCUGGCCAGUAACUCUAGGAGCAGAACCGUGGGCAUCCUUGGUUCGGAAACUCUACGGUUUUAUUGCGAACAAUGGUCUUCGUGUGUUACAUACUAAAGCAAGAGGGGGCCAAUGGAUUUCAACUAAGCAAGCAAUUUACCCUGAUUUCAGCUUUCCUAAGGCAGAUGAGCUAGUUGAUGUCCUUGCGGACGCUGGUCUCCCUGUCAUUAACAUCUCGAAGUCAGUUGCGGAAAGAUUCAGAGAGGCUUGUUCAUCUUUGCAUUUUCUGACACCCCAAUUGUUAAGGACCUUGUUGACCCGGCGAAAACGUGAGUUUAAGGAUAGAAGUGGCUUGGUCUUGGCACUAGAAUACUGUAUUCUUGACUUAGAA